AUGGAGACGUCUCCAGAGUCUCCAGAGGCUGGUUUUGGACGUGGAGAGGUCUCCAAGACCCUCCAGAGGCUGGUUUUAGGACGUGUAGACGUCUCCAGAGUCUCCAGAGACGAGCUGAUCGGAGUCCACUGCACCCACGGACUGAACCGCACCGGCUACCUGAUCUGCAGGUAUCUGAUCGAUGUGGAUGGGAUGGAUCCUAAAGAGGCCGUUGAGUUGUUCAACGCGUCGCGGGGCCACGCGGUGGAGAGACAGAACUAUCUGGAAGACCUCCAACGGGGACCAAAGAGGAGUAACGUGGGGAUGGAGGAGUUGGAGCAGGAGCCAAUGAGAGGCCUCGCCGCCCAUCGGCCGAGUUUCGCCCCGUCGGACUCCGACAGCCGAGACGAGAGGCGGCCGCGCUCCAAAGCCUCCCGGCACCAAAGCAGAUCUUUCUCUCCAAGGGAAACAAUCCAGCGCUCACACCACGACCAGCACCUACACGGCGGCCGUGGCCUGCUUCCCAGUCCGCCGUUAAUGGCUGCGUGGCCGGCGCCGGGGGUGCAUCUCAACCCGUACCGGUGGACGGCCCCUCAUGCCGACAGCGAGUGGAGGAGACCGCCUCGCUCAGACGAGUCCAGGAGUCUUCCACCGGAGGAGACAAGAUCCAGAUAUCCUGUACCGAAUGAGACAGGAUCCAGAUAUCUUCCGCCGGUGGAGACGGGAUCCAGAUAUUUCCCCCUGACCCAGACAGGAUCCAGAUAUCUGUCCCCGACCCAGACAGGAUCCAGAUAUCUGUCCCCGACCCAGACAGGAUCCAGAUAUCCCCCACCGGAGCGCGAGUGGAGGCCGCCGUCUCGUCUCCCGGAGGACAGACGGAGAGAUCCUGGUCCUCCUCCGUCCCUCCCCCGUUACUCGGCACGCUGGGCCAGCGAGUCCAACGGCCACGACAGACGAGAGGAGGAGUGGACCGGUCCCCGAUCGAGACCCCCCUCCUCCACGCAAACCCACAGACACAGAGCCGGCCCGUUCAACAACUACUAGCGCUUCGUUCACAGCUUCAUCCCACUUCUUUAUGGGACAUAUAUGGGACAUUCUGGAUUAAAGUCUCCUGGGUGAUUAUUCUACAUGCUCAGAGAGGAAAAGGGUUUUCAAAUCCAAGCUUUGGUUCUAGGGGGGUCACGAUUUGAAUUUUAUAGCGAAAAAGGCUCAAAAUUAGCUUUUCAUUUCGAAUUCAAAAGCAGGAUCGGUGAUUUCCCCCGUAUAUUUUUCGCUAUUUACGCCUACUUCAGGCACAUUUAAAGGAAAACACACACAGCGUAGCUUACCGGCUGGUAGCAUAUGGCUAAAGACAGGGUAACUAACGUUAGCUUAUGGGUAGACAUCGUGACUAGUAUUACAGCCAGAUAUCUUAAAAGCUGGAGAUACACCGGAGGCUGUGUGACGCUUGGUUUACAGCUUCGUCAGACAGCUGAGAGCAUCGCUGCACAGACUUCUCUCAUCGAUGGGAAAUUCUGAGUUAAAUUCUCCUGCUGGGAUUAAUCGAUGUGUUUGAAGAAAGGUUUUUUCCAGUUAAGGCUCAGUUUCUACGGUUGUCACGAUUUGGAUUCAAAUUGCAAAUCUAUUUCCAUUUUGUCGAUCAAAAAUCAGAAGCAGGAUUGGCGAUUACCCUAGUGUUUUUAUUCUCCAAAGAGACAUGGCAACGUUAGCUUGGCGGUAGCCUGCAGCUAAAGACACAUGGUAACGUUAGCUUGGUGGUAGCCUGCAGCUAAAGACACAUGGCAACGUUAGCUUGGCGGUAGCCUGCAGCUAAAGACACAUGUUAACGUUAGCUUGGCGGU